AUGACACUGACGCUCCUAGAUCUGCCCGUCGAGAUCUUGACACACGUCUUCAAGUCCCUCGGCGCAGACGACCUCCCAUGCCUCCUGACGGCCCAGCGGACAUGCAGGAGCUUCAAAGCGUGCCUCCUCUUCGACUCCCUGGAAGGCGCCUCCAAGGCCCGAAGAAGCUCCGAUGACCGUUCCGACACUCGGCCCCAUGUGAUCUACAACAAGCUCCCGCCGACCUGGCGCGACUUGAGCGUGACGUGGGGCGGCCCACGCAUUACUCGCCUCGACGUCGUCAAGGUGCUGACGGUGUACGGCGGCACGUCCAUGUCGUACCACCAGCUGGCCCUACCAGAUUCGGGGCUCACGAUGGAGAUGCUGUAUGACCUGCUGCUAGAGAGGGACAACGUGCUGGACGUCGACGGCGCGCGGUGGCAGCUGUUCGUCGGCCGACAGCUGGGCAGCUACGACGAGUGGCAGCGGCCGAGGGCCCGGUGUCAGUAUCCCAAUCAGAUAGUGAAGCUGCUCGUUGGUGGGGAGGAUGUGAGGCACUCGGCGGUUCUGUAUGUUGACGGACACAGAGACUGUAACAUGGGGGUCCGAUAUCGAGAAUCUGAGGCGCAGGGGCUGUGGGAGCUGGAACCUAUUGGAGAUCGGCCUCUGGAGGUGUGUCGAUGGCAAGGGUGUGAUAUUGGUAUCACCCGCUGUAUUUAA